UUCCUUCUCUGUCAUAUGCGAAGCAAAAGGGAAGAACCCAGAGACCGUCUGGUGAUACAAACUAAAUAAAUAUAUUACUUUCCGACGGAAAAAAAUACAUCCUUAAUUUGAAUUAUAAAUGAUAUUCAUGCUUUACAUCACACGGUUACCUUAAUGCUAUAUUUAGUGGCCAUAUUGUGUCUGUAUUUGUUUAGCUAGCUGUUAUCACGUCGCUAUCUGACUGCUCCCCAAACACACCGCCUUUGUGGCUAUGAGUACGGAUUUACUGUCUGAUUUGGACACUCGUUUCUUCGCUGAUAACCUCCUGACAAGCGAAGAUUGGGAUGCCUGCCUGUACCAAUGUGAGAGCGUGGAGGAGGGGGAGGACACGGACUUCAGCCGGGGGCUGAAAUAUGAACCUUCGUUUGACAAUGACCUCGUGCUCACCCUUGAUCCUGACAACCCCACGUCGCCAUGGCAACACCUCGACGACAACCUUCUCACAGGGGAAACUCCUGUGAUUAAAAAUGAAAUGACCAUCACUCAGCCAUUACCAGUGGAAAUGUUGUUCCAGGUGAAAGCAGAGCCUCCCUCCCCUGCAUCCUCACUCGGGUCCGACUGCUCUGCCUUAUCACCUGACCCACAGAUCACAGUUAAAGGUGAAAACCCCCCGACUCCUCCGUACAUGUACGGAGACGUGCUGUCUCCUCCGCUGGGGACCAUGGAGGUCACCGUGGCAACAACAGCUGUACCCCCACCACAGACGCCGUUGACAACACAGAUCCCAGCAGUCAUCAGUGGAAUACAGACGCAGGCGGCAGUUCUGCCAGGUUCAGCCACAUUAAAGGCCAGCACCAUCCUGAGCACUAAACCUCCCAUCCAGCCCAGACCGGUGUGCGUCACCACCCUCCCCGUCCCCCAAACCCCCACACCAGCCAAGACCCUUAUACUGCAGGGCCUCCCCUCCAUGGACCAGAACAGACCUGUCGUCUUGUCUCAGUCCGUCUGCCUCAGUUCAGCCCCGGCCAUCGUUAAAAUGGAGCCCGUCUCUCCCAGCAUCCCACAGCACGGCUCCAGCCCCACAGCUCCGCCCACCAGCAAACCCAUCGUCCCUGCAACGACGACGUUACCCGGCAACAACUCCAACGAUAUUGAUAUGAAGGUGCUGAAGCGGCAGCAGAGGAUGAUAAAGAACCGGGAGUCAGCAUGCCAGUCGAGGAAGAAGAAGAAGGAGUACCUGCAGAACCUGGAGGCUCAGCUCAGGGAGGCCCAGCAGGAGAACGAACGACUCCGCAGGGAGAACCAGGCGCUGAGGGAGAGGCUGGCUGGGAAAGAGGGCAGCGACUCAGCAAGCAACAAGAGAGCCGUGUGUGUCAUGGCUGUCCUGCUGUUCAUGACCUUCAGCUUCGGACCCGUCAGCAUCACAGACAGAAAGCUGUCAGGCCUACAGGAUGGUGUGGUGUCGUAUACGGGACGACGACUGCUGGAGAUCGAACAACAGCAGCAGCAGCAGCAAGCAGCUGCUCAGCCUCCGAGCAGAGUGGAGGAAAAAACAGAGACGGAGGAGGACGGAGGAGACGAAGCUGCAGAGUCAUAUCAGUUCAGGAAUCUGAGUGAUGUGUUCAGUGACGUGAAGGAUCUGGUGUUGCAAGAUAUUGAUCGUUACUUCAGCUCUUCAGACUGCCGACAGUUCAACCGCUCAGAGUCUCUCAGGCUGGCAGACGAGCUCAGAGGUUGGGUCCAUCGACAUCAGAUCGACAGGAAGAAGUCUGGAGGAAAACCAAAAACCGCCAAGAAGGCCAAAAUUGCCCAGAAAGCUCAGCUGAGGAAGACAAACUUCUCCAGAUAUCUGCCGAUCCAGGCUCACCGCUCCAUAGAAAGUCAGCUGCAGGUGCUUCCUGGUCCUGAGGUCACCUACAGCGACUUCCUGGACGCCAUCGACCGCAGAGAGGACACUUUCUACGUUGUCUCUUUCAGACGGGACCACCUGUUGUUACCGGCCAUCAGCCACAAUAAAACCAGCAGACCUAAAAUGUCUCUGGUGAUGCCGGCCAUGUCUGUAAACGAGAGCCUCUAUAACUCCUCACAGGGUUACGAGAUGAUGAUGCAGGUCGACUGCGAGGUCAUGGACACCCGCAUCGUCCCUAUCAAGUCUUCCGCCGUCCCGCCGUCUCUCCGCGACCCGCCUCCGCCUCCCCCUCCUCCUCCCACCACAACCAUCAUCACCACGGCAACCACACCUCGCUGCGAGGGCGCCACCACCAUCACCCCUCCUCCUCCUCUUCUUCAUCUUCCUCCUCGUCAUCAUCAUCUCCGAGGCAACCUUUACCCGCCCGCAGACAGAGAGCAGAAUAUUUAAUCAGCCAAUCAGAAGGUGUCUGAUGAGAUGUCGCCAUGGUGAUGUGGAAAGAAGAAAAGGAUGCGAUGGGGAAACAGGGAGAUGGUUUUAUGUUUGGGGAAAAAACAUUUUCAUCAUCCCUGGGACAGGUAACAAACACAUGUCUGCUCUUUCCGGAAAACUUAAGAAAACCUCCACCAAACACUUGCAAAAGGCUUUAAUCAGUAAUUUGAUCUGUUAUUGUAACAGGGAUGUUUACUGUCACUAAACUCAAAGAUUUGGGGUUGUAAACUUUACAAAAAGUUUCCCAUUGAAGAUAAUGUCCUAAUAUGUAAGAAUACAUUUCUAAAAAUGAAAGCCAGACGCAGACCCGUCAGCACACCGCACUUAAAAAUGACCCUACGUUUUAAUAUUUAAUUGUGAGAGUGUACAGUUUGAAUGAAGCACAGGACAGGACAGGACAGGAGGACAAGACGCUGGCAAGGCCGUUUAUGUAGACGCUGAAGUGAUUUUAUGUCAUCUAAAGAGACAGUUUGUUAACUAACUGUCACUGGUCAUCUCACCGCUGGGCUGCACAGUUACACUCGAAAAGGAAAUGAUUUGUAGAUAUCAGGAUCAAUAUUUGUCUGCAUUUCAACUAAUCUCAUGUUGUAAUUGAUUGAGAGUGAAAUCUUCUGAUCAGCAAUACAUCAGUCUAUAGCAAUAGAGGCUGUAAUUAUUAACUGUGCAGCUCCAGCAGGAUGAACUCAGUCCUGUAAUCCUCGACACUACUGAUGGUCUCAGCAGAGGUUUCUGUGAAGUUUGUUUAUUUUUGUUGUUGUGACUCUCAGUUGUAGAACUGUCUGAAUAUCAGCACUGGCGUCUGCUGCAUGAAGCUGGAUCUUAAAGGAUAGAUUCGUUAUUUUUCAACCUGGACCCAAUUUUCUCAUGCUUUGGUGUCUAAGUGACUCACAGGAACAGCGUUUUUUUUUUUUUUUUUUUUUUUUUAAAAUGGGUCCAGUAUUGAGCAAGAACACUGCAGCUGGCAGUGGUGAAAAAGGCUGCAGUGCAGUUGCCAAGGAUAUAAAUUAUCUCUGAUGUCCAUCGAGAAUAAACGUCUAUAAAUCUUCUUAGAAAUCUUCCAAAAAAAAGACAAUCAGAACUUGCCAGAAUUUUCAAGUUUUCUGCAUAUGAAAUUAAUACAAUGAUAGUUGUCUGUUCAUUAAUGGGUACACUGCUAAUAGGUAAUAUAGCAUACUUCUAUUGGUGUCAGUUAGCUCAAAUAUAAACUGAUAAAGGCUAGCAACAGUUUAAAAGCCUUAAAAAAGUUUACCAAGUAUGUUAAAACACAAAAGACAGACAACUCUUUCUGUAUCCAGCACACAAAAAUAAAGAAUCACUAAGAUCCUGCUUCAUGUUGCAUCUGUCAGAUUUCUUAUUCAUGUUUAUUUCUUUGGUUUUAUGGAAAAUCAUAUUGUUUUGAAUGGGGAUUAUUUAAUAGUUGUAAAUAUCAGUGUUCCCUCUGUAGAUAUUUUGUUUGCUUUUGUCACUUUUUUAUAAUUUUUUAUUUCUUUGUCUUUUGAUCUUUUGACAACAAAAAGUAAAAAGUAAAAAAAAAAAAAAAAUACUAAAAAUAGAAUAAAGUGGAGUAAUAAGGCUGGGAGGGUAAAAAUGUUGAAUUUUAUAUUUUUUAUUCUUGUGUUCAGUUGAGUGGACCAACCACCGUUACUCACUCUGUGCUCACAGUAUGAACUCAGGACAUUCUCUCCUGAAAGUAAAAUAUAUUUAUGAAAAUAUAACCACAGAUUUUUUUUUAUUGUACAGAGUAAAGCUGUAGAAAGUUUCAGCUAACAACAGGUUAUGAUUUGUUUUGUUUUCAGAGAAAAUACUGAAACCAUCCCAGAACAGACAAACAAGACACACGUUUUACUUGUAAAAUGGAGUUUGUCUUGAGUCUUUAACACUUUUUUCCUCUGACCAAGAGAUGAAUCUCAUUCUGAUUUUUUGUUUGUUUCAUACCAAAACUUGUUUUCUGUUCUUGUCUUUGUGUUUUUGCCACUCGUGUGUUGAAUUUUCUCAUUGAAUCUAUAAAUUUAAAAGAGUCACUCCAACAAUUUUACACAUCCAAAGUCAUUUCACUCAGCAUUAUGGGAAAUGUAGGAUCCUCUGUGGUUCUGGAGAGACUUUUCGAAGUCUGAAAAGUAACCCUGAUUAUGAGGGUUUAUCAAAAGAAUCUGCUGAGUUGCAUUAUGGGAAAUGUAGGAUCCAGUGGUUGGGGGCUUCACUUGUACUUUAUACUAAGCCUGCAUCCACACUAAUCAUUAUCAUUUUAAAGUGCAGAAUUAUUGGUACCUUUACGCCUAGCGCCCACACUACUCCGGCAUUUUGGAACCCCUAAAAAGAGACCUUUGAAAACACUGCUGACCGCAUUUUAGUUUGAAAUCUCCGGGCUUGCAUUUUAGUCAUGGCUUCCUCUGAGAAUGGAUAAUGCUCCUGGUACUGUGAUAAUAUGUCACUCAAUUAGAUUUCCUUCACGUAUGAAAAUAGAUACAAAUAGAUUUCAAAUGUUGUAAAUGUCACUGCUCUCAUAUUUCCAUGCGUCCUUUAUAUUGGCAUAAAUACAGCCAAUAGAUGGUGCUAGAGCAGUGGUUCCCAACUGGUUGGUCACGGUGUAAAAGUUGGUGAUGGGUCCAUUUGAAUGGAUUGCAAGUGACCUACAAACAUAUCAAGUUUGUAAAAAACACACUUUAUUUUGAAGUAUAGUAAAUUUCCAGAAAUAUGAGGCUGAAUAUAUUAAACUGUGCUGACCUUGAACUAAUGACUGAGGAGAAAUCUCGACCCCGUGGCCCGAUCAGUUGGGAAAAACUGCACUAGAGGGCAGAUUCUAAAGUUUCUGACAACAACAAAGAUGGCGACAAUGGAGGACGUCAUAGUCAUUUACCUUUUAAUGGAGGCAGCGUUGUAGAUAAUGGGUGUUUGUUCGGCCAUUUGAUACAUCGCUACAUGCGGACAGAGAAUUCCCUCACUAUACUACUGAUUCAUUCUGUCAUUUUAAAAAUGUCUUCUUCACAUCUUUCAGUCGAAUCUCGCUUGAUCUACACUACACCGCCCCCACAGUCUGUAGUGGUAAUGCUGCGUUUUGUCUGUGUCUGUGAGCUUUAAAUGUGCAUAAAUACAGACGAAAUGAACACAGACUGCAGGCAGAAGGCUCCGUAUAGGUAUCUAACGCUGAGCUCUUAUACUGAUGAAAACGUCAGUACCAGUUCCAACUUGUCAUCAGUCCAGGCAAAUAAACCUCUGGUCUUACCUUUUUGUCAUCUCAGCAGUAUUUUCUGUUACUGAGCAACCAAACCACAGAGGCAAAUCACAUGCCCAGCAUACACAUAUGGUUGUGCUUUUUCAGGCUUGUUAGUAUGGGCGGAGAUUGUUGUGAAAACACUCGUGUGUAUGGCAGAUUGUUUUCGUAUAAAAGGGCCGUUUUAAAAUGUAAGAUAUUAGUGUGGAUCUGGUCAAAACUCAGAAUAUCUCUGCGGCACAUAUUCUUUCCACCCACUUUUUCCUCAUGUCUCUGUAAGUUCAUCAAAUUGAUGGAAGUGCAAUACUAAAUUGUUGGAGUGGCCCUUUAAGAGUUCAGAAUCAUAAAACUUUAACACAAAGGUCGACAAUCACAGAAAUUAAAACUGAGGUUAUCUAUUUACAUUGCCAUUUAAGAACUACCUAAUAUUUCAUGUUUGCUAUAAAAAAAAAAAUCCAAAUUCAAUGUGAGAAAAGAGAAGUUGGAUAUUUUGAAUUUGCUUUUUUUGUUCACUGGUUAAGGAGCAGUCCGGCACAUAACAAUAAAUUGUGGUUUUUAUUCUCAGAUUUUUGUACAGAUUAAACAGAGACCUUUAUAAUCAGUGAACUGUAGAGGAGCGAAUUGUUGGAUUUUUGUUACCUUGUUUGGACAGAGUCAGGCUAUAGCUGUUUCCCCUCUGUUUCCAGUCCUUAUGCUAAGCUAAGCUAACAAGCAUAUUUACCGUAGACACGUCUGACUCGGCAAGAAAGCAAAAAGCCGCAUUUCUCAAAAUGCUGAAUUUUUCCUUUAACUACUAAUAACUUAAACUUUAUUUUCAUCACUGGUUUCCUUUUUGUUCGUGCGUCUCGUUGUUGUCUCCACCCUGCUGUGCCGCAUGCUGCUGCUCCUCCAUGUCUGGUAAAAAAAAAAGUUUAAAAAUUGUGUUUUGUUCUUUGUCAUUUUUUUUUAUACUGAUCGAAUUUGUUACUCAUGGUGUCAAGAAAUGCAAACAUGAAAAGUGGAUAUGAAGUUCAAUGUGUGUUUUGAAGAGCAGUGGGUGGAAACAGCUGAGUCAUGUUCUUAUGAAACAACAGUUUGUUCCUUUUUUGUUUUUUUUAAAGGAUUGUAUGUAAAAUGUUUUUGGGCAAUAUUACUCAUCUGGCUGGUGGUUCUUAACGGAUGGGGGGGUGUCUUUACUUUCUGCCUAAAGCAGUGGACAAAAUGGUUGUUUUUGUGAAGUUUCAGUCGCUGUUGGCAACCAAUGGCUAUUUUUAAUCAUCAUUAAAUAUGUCAGUUAUUAACUCAAUAAAUCAGAGAAAAAUUUGGCUCGUAAAAUGUCUGAAAAUAUUCAUAAAUGCAGAUCGAAAUAUCCUAAAACUCAAACUGACAUCUUGAUAUUGUGUAAACAGAACAGAAAAUCUGCAAAUAUUCACUUUUGUGCAGAAACCAGUAAAUUUUGGGGGCUUUUUUGCCUCGGAAAGUAACUUGAACUGUGACUAAACAUCAGAAUAGGUGUAGAUUAAUUCCAGAUCAAUUUAGCAACUAAUCAUUUAUGUAUUGUCCCUGUAGAAAUAAUAACAUUAUGAAAUAAAAUGUGAAGUUGGUUGACAUUUCUUGGAUCAUGAACUGGAGUUUAAAUUCUGUUCUUUGUGUUAAGGACUGGGGGAAAAAUCACUAGAUCAAUUUAAAAAGAAAAUGUGAUUGUGACGUUUGAUCAGGGCAGAAUUUGAGUUUCAGAUCCAGUUAGGAACCACCGACCUGAUCAGUCAAAAUAUUAAAAUAUUCACUUGUUUCAUGUUUGUUUUUUACCGUCAGACCUUUAAAAAUGAAUUUCCAGCACACACACAGCUGAGUGUGACAGCAUGCAGUCUGUGGUAACUCAAGGUAACGAUGUAAAUAAGAUUAAAACAGUACGCCUUUGUUGUUGUUUUUUAUUUAAAUAUGUAAAUACGUCUUUCUAAUUCCAUCCUCUCUGAUGAAAUGACACAUUUGAACUUUUGCCUUUUAUGUCUGUAGAAAUGAAGCGUUGAAUUUGAUAAAGAUAUAAUAAACUAA